AUGGUACUUGUACGUACACCAUUAAGACCAAGUAUUGCAGAAUAUAUUGUAACUAUUUAUUUGGCAACAUCAGCAAUUGAUACAGCUCGAGAAAUAUGUACAAGUUCUUCACCACGUUUUCGACGUAGAUUAAUAUUGUAUUUCUCUGAUUUUGUUCAUAUAUGCGAUUCAUUAGCAAUACUAGUCUAUGGUAUUGGAUUUCUUCUUCGAUUUCGUUCAAGCACUCUAUAUAUCGCACGUUUAUUAUAUUGUCUUGAUGUAUCUUAUUGGUGGAUACAUUUAUUAACAUAUAUAUCUGUACAUAAAUCAGUUGGUCCAUAUAUUCAUAUAGCUGCACAAAAUUUGAUUGAUUUAUUUAAUUUUAUAAUUAUUAUACUUGUUGUAAUGGUAUCAUUUGGAGUAUCUCGUCAAGCAAUUAAAUAUCCAAAUGAAUUAUGGUCAUGGCGAUCAGUUAAAGAAAUAUUUCUUGAACCUUAUUUUAUGAUUUAUGGUGAAGUUUAUGCUGGUUCAAUUGAUCCACCAUGUCUUGAAAGUGAACCAGAUGCUCCCCAAUGUAUGCCAUUUCAUUGGGUAACACCAAUAACUAUGACAGCAUAUCUUAUAUUUUGUAAUAUAUUAUUACUUUCAAUACUUAUUGCAACAUUUAAUAAUACUUAUAUACGUAUAUCAAAAUCAUCGGAUCAAGUAUGGAAAUAUCAUCGUUAUUAUAUUGUACUUAAAUAUGAAUCCAAACCAAUGUUACCACCACCAUUAAUAUUUAUUUCUCAUAUAUAUUUAUUAGUAAAACUUUUUUUACGAUAUUGUCGUGGAAAAAAAUUCAAAGUUGAUCAUGGAUUAAAAUUAUUUUUAAGUGAAAAAGAAGUUGCUGAAAUCAAUGAUUUUGAAGAAGAACAAAUUGAUGAAUAUUUUGUAAUGAAAGAUCGAGAAAAAAAGAAUACAACUGCCGAACAAAUUGCUCGUACAUCUGAACGUGUUGAUGGAACAGUUUUGCGUGUUGAUGAUAUUUAUCAACGUGAAACUCAAAAUCGUAUUAUACUUCAAAAUCUUGAUUGGCGUUUACAACAUUUAGAAGAUCUUAAUAUGAAUAUGUAUAAUAUUAUGGAAAGAUUACUUUUAACACGAAUGUCUGAUGAACAAGAUUCAUCAUCAUAUUAUUUUCAUCAUCCAUCAUCUGUAAUUAAUAAUAAUAAUAGACAACGACGACAUUCAUCCAUAACAGGAUAUGAAUUAAAAGAUUUUAAAAAGAAAAUAAUACCUAAAUCAACAACAAUGACACCUCAAUUAUCAUUAGCAAAAACUCGUUCACCCACAGCUGAUAAUAUAUCAUUAUCAAAACAAUCGAAUGAACUCAAAAGACGUUCAACAAUUCAUCGAUUAAGUUCGUUAACAUCGCAUGAUUCAAAUAUAGCACAUGUGCAAACUAAUGAAUAUACUUCAAUAACAGAUAUUAUUAAUACAAAUCAAUCAGAAUGGCAACCAACAAGUCCAAUACUUCUUCGUUCUUCAGCAAAUCGUCCCAAUCCAAUGACAUUAUACGAAUCAGCAAAAGAAGAUAUUGCUGGUUAUGAUGCUGAAGAACAAACACAUAAUUUAAUUGGUGAACUUAUACGAAAACGUAGUCAAAAAUCAUCAAAAAAAUCAAUUAAAUAUUAUAACAGAAUCUUAUUGUGA